AUGUCUCCCAAGUCUUUCACCCUCUCGGCCGCUCUGUGCCUUGUUCUCGCCAUCGGCCCCGCCUCCGUGCUGUCUGCUCCCCAUCUGGACGGUCUUCCUAUUCUCGGCGGUAUUCCUACCCAUGACGCCGCUCCCACCACUGGUGACAGCGAGCAGGAUGCCGGUGCCGGUUUCGACGUCGGCAUCCCCGGCGGUCCUGCUGUCAAGUUCGGCGCUGGUGUCCACAGCGAGUCGCACGGCCCUUGCGGUCCCGGCGUGAGCACUGAGAAGGAUGCCGGUGCUGGCUACGACGUUGGCAUCCCCGGCGGUCCCUACGCCAAGUACGGUGCCGGUGCCCACGACGCUCACCAGGCUAAUCCCUGCCCUGAGAUUGUCGAGGUCCCUCCUCCCACCACCGAGGUCAUUGUGUUGCCUUCCACCACCGAGGUUCUUGAGAUCACUCCCACCAGCACUUCUACCUACAUCCCGGUCAUUCUUCCUCCUACCUACACUACUCCCAUUUCGAUUCCCACCGUGACACCCGUUCCCAUCUACACGCCCCCGGCCCAGGUCCCCGUCCGCUCGACCCCUUUGAUGCAGCACCCAGCCCCCACGGCCGCUCCCUCGUCCGUGCCCGUCUUCAACGCUGGUUCCGCUCUGGUUCCCGGUUCAUCCUUCCUGGCCGUCGCACUUCCCAUUGUACUGGGUCUGUUCUAUUGA